UUCAUUGUCAUUGCACCAGUGUCAGGAAGUGCGCAUGUUUUUAAAGAUGGCGGACGUUCCUAGUGAUGCACCAGAACACUGUCCGGGCACAAGCAGUGAUCAGGCUGGUAAAACAUCAGCAUGUCAAGGAUGCCCAAACCAAACCAUAUGUGCGUCUGGUGCUGCCAAAGCUCCUGAUCCAGCCAUAGAGGAAAUCAGACAGAAAUUGACCUCUGUGAAGCACAAGAUUCUGGUGUUGUCUGGAAAAGGGGGUGUUGGGAAGAGCACGUUCAGCGCACAUUUGUCUCAUGCAUUAGCUAGUGAUGACUCCGUUGCACUGCUAGAUGUGGACAUCUGUGGGCCAUCUAUACCAAAGAUAAUGGGGUUAGAGGGGGAGCAGGUUCAUCAGAGCGGCUCAGGCUGGUCCCCAGUGUAUGUUGAGGACAACUUGGCUGUCAUGUCCAUUGGCUUCCUGCUCAGUAGUCCAGAUGAUGCUGUUAUCUGGAGAGGACCCAAAAAGAAUGGCAUGAUAAAACAGUUUCUGAGGGAUGUGGACUGGGGAGAAGUGGACUAUCUGAUCGUAGACACGCCUCCAGGAACUUCUGAUGAGCAUUUGUCCAUCGUGCAGUAUCUCAGCAGCGCUGGCAUCGACGGAGCCGUCAUCAUCACCACCCCGCAGGAAGUAUCUUUGCAGGAUGUGAGAAAAGAGAUCCGAUUCUGUAUAAAGGUCAAAAUACCUAUCAUAGGUGUGAUUGAAAACAUGAGUGGCUUUGUUUGUCCUAAAUGCAAGAAUACAUCACAGAUAUUUCCUCCGACCACAGGAGGAGCACAGAGAAUGUGUGAAGAACUAAAUCUCCCUCUUUUGGGCAGCGUACCCUUGGAUCCACGGAUAGGGAAAAGCUGUGACGAAGGAAAGUCUUUCCUAACUGAAGUUCCAGACUCUCCUGCUGCAGUGGCCUAUCAGAAUAUUGUCCAGAAAAUCAGAGAUUAUUGUUCUUCCCACACUACAUCCGACAAUCAUUUUUGACACAGAAAAUGUGUAUCAGAUCUUUGUCUAGCCAGCUGGGAUGUCCUAGGAAGAAAGAAAAGAAAGGUCAUGUAAUGGCAAUGGGCAUGUUUCAGCAGGCCAGGAGAAGUUAUGUGGAAUUUUAUUAUCAGAAAAGGUAGAAUGUGGGCCAUAUAGUGGCUUUUCCAGUCAAUGAGAUGUAAUGGCUAUAAUGUUUAAUUUUGCUAUGCAAUUUCUUAAAAUGUUAAUUUCUGCAUCCAAUCUACAUUAAAUCUAUAUUUUUUUUUUUUAUAAUUAACAAGCUAAAACACCUGUUA